GCGUCUUUUUCUGUAAACGUUGAACAGCAAUGGCGGACACAUUAAUGAAGGCGAGUGGAGACAGCUCUUCACCUGGUCCUCUUCGUGAAUCCAGGGAAAUGUCUAGCUCCACGGACUGCCUGCUUGUGUUACUGAAGCUCCUCGCAGACUUCGGGAACGAGCUCAAAUUAGGUGAUGGUGCUUUGAGAAUAGAAGUCAACACUGGUGCAGUGAGUCCUCCGUCUUCAGCUGCUAAUGUGUACAGAUGUUUGCAGGAACAUAUCAAUAAAUUACAGGCCGUUUCAGAAAGCUUGAAGACACUUGUGGAUGCUGAUAGUCGACAGUCAUCUACAAGAUACAACACUCCAGACGAUGCGGCCACCUCAUCUGCGCUCAAAGAGCAGACGACGGCUCUGUCGGAGCACCAUCCUGCCUGUUUAGAGGCCACAGAAAGCCAGGCGUCGGCUGAUGACGUCAUGGUACAGAUCAGAGCCGGGAAGUCAGAGAUUGAGCGAAGAAUAUCUGCAUUUAUGGAACGCAAGCAGAUGGAGAUCAAUGAAAACAAUGUGCGCGAGUUUUGCAACGUGAUCGACUGCAAUCAGGAAAACAGCUGUGCCAGAACGGAUGCAGUGUUCACUCCAUACCCAGGUUUUAAAAGUCACGUGAAAGUUACACGGGUGGUGAACACUUAUGGGCCCCAGACUCGUGGUGGGGGAGGCCAAGGAGAGGCUGGGGAGCCACACAGGGGACCGUUGACCAGACACUGCGGAAAUGCAGCAAUAGAGGAGCGACUUCACAACAUCGAGACUCACCUGAAACUCCCAACAGCGGGUCCGGUCCCACUGAGUGUGUACCAGAGGCUGAAGAAGCUGGAGGAUCGCAUCCUGGAGUUGGAAGGGCUUUCACCCGAGUACUUUGAGUCCACAAGUCACCUGCACAAGCGACCAAAACCAUCUCCCGCUCAGGACUGCAGUCUCACGGAGCUGGAUGAGAAGAUCAAUGCGGUGAAAGCAGCGCUGCUGAAAAGGGUGAAUGGUUUUGGGCCUGGAUAUGGAACAGAUUCUCAACUAUAAUUAACACAAAUCAAUGCUCCAAACACACAACAUUUGGUAAUAUGUUCCCUGUAUUUCUUUUGUACUAUGAGACUCAUCAAAAAACAACAAAAAAACUUAAUCCAUACUUCAUCUUGUGGCCCGUACACACACACACAGUACAUUUUGUAGUUAAAUGAAUUGUAAAUAAAGGUGUUUUUUCUUUCCUCAAUGUAAACACAGACUUGUAAUUAAAUAAGUUAACUGUUAAAUGUAGUGCUCGUGUAGUCGGUCAAAUGAACUAAUAAACCAGUUCUUUUUAUCCAGAA